AUGGUGGAUGAACUGCCUGCUGAUAAGCGUGCCUGCAGUUCAUUGGAUUUUAGACCGAGUUCUUCAAACUCAUCAGUUCAAACUCACAUGAAUUCGAUAACGGAGACACAUGAUCAUGAAAUGGACACAUCCUCGUCUGCUUCAGCUUCAAGCCAAUCAGAGGGAGAGCAGGAGAAGGAUUCAACUUAUGGAUCUUGUGAUUCUGAUGACAUGGAGCAUCAUCAUCAUAGCACUCUCUAUGAGUAUCAUAGACGGAGACUAUCCAGUGAUCAUGGAAAAUUUAAGAACAUUAUUUGUAGCUUGAGUGAACGGACUGGACCCUCCUGUCAAUUAGCUGUACUCACAGAACUUUGUGAAGUUUUGUCAUUUUGUACAGAGGGUUCACUCUCCAGCAUGACUUCUGACUUGUUAUCACCACUACUUGUAAAGCUUGCAAAGGAUGAGAAGAACCCCGAUAUCAUGUUGUUCUCUAUAAGGGCAAUAACCUAUAUAUGUGAUUUGUAUCCUCGAUCAGCUGGUUUUCUUGUUCAACAUGAUGCUGUUCCUACCUUAUGUCAACGAUUAUUUGCUAUUGAGUAUCAAGAUGUAGCUGAACAGUGUCUCCAAGCAUUGGAAAAAAUAUCGCGAGAGCAACCCCUUGCUUGCUUAGAGGCCGGGGCAAUUAUGGCUGUUCUCAACUACAUUGACUUCUUCUCAACAAGCAUCCAGAGAGUAGCUCUUUCUACUGUGGUGAACAUAUGUAAGAAGCUUCCUUCUGAAAGUCCUUCACCUUUCAUGGAGGCUGUUCCUAUAUUGUGCAAUCUUCUUCAGUAUGAGGAUCGGCAGCUUGUCGAAAAUGUUGCUACCUGCUUAAUCAAGAUUGUAGAGCGAAUUGCCCAGUCCUCAGAAAUGUUGGAUGAACUUUGUAAGCAUGGAUUGAUUCAACAGGUCACACAUCUCUUAAGUUCAAAUGGUCAGACAGCCGUAUCGCAAUUAAUUUACAAUGGAUUGAUAGGGUUACUUGUCAAACUUUCUUCUGGAUCACUUGUAGCCUUCAGAACUUUAUAUGAACUCAAUAUAAGCAGUAUAUUGAGAGAUAUAUUAUCAACAUCUGACCUCUCACAUGGAGUAUCAACAUCACAGCUUAUUGGUGGACACUGUAAUCGGGUAUAUGAAGUACUUAAACUACUAAACGGGCUUCUCCCUGACCAGACUAAAGAUCAGAAUGAUCAACUGUUGCUAGACAAAGAAUCCUUUCUAGAGAGUCACCCAGAUCUUCUGCAAAGGCUCGGAAUGGAUGUAUUUCCCAUGUUAAUUCAGGUAUUCAAUUGUGGUGCGAGUUUGUAUGUUUGCCACGGAUGUCUCUCUGUUAUGUACAAGAUAGUUAAUUCAAGCAAAUCUGACAUGCUUGUUGAAUUGCUAAAAAAUGUCAAUAUUUCAAGUUUUUUGGCUGGGGUAUUCACUCGAAAGGAUCAUCACAUGUUAAUGUUAGCAUUGCAAGUUGCUGAGAUAAUCCUUACAAAUUUUUCAGAUAAUUUCUUGAAGUUAUUUGUAAAGGAAGGAGUCUUUUUUGCCAUUGAUGCACUACUAAUGCCAGAAAAAUCUUCAAAAUUGAUGUAUCCGGUGUUUAGUGGCAUUCAGCUGUCAUUGGACUCUAGUCAAAAGUCUGCCUCAAGAGAGUCCCUCAAGUGCCUAUGUUAUGCAUUUUCAACUGGCCAAUCUCCUACAUCAUCCGAAGCCAAAAAUUGCAAGCUUGACAAAGACUCUGUUUAUAAUCUUGCUGAACAUAUAAAAACAAAAUACUUAGCUCCAGAAUUAUUUGAUUCUGAGGAAGGAUUGACUGAUAUUUUACAGAAUCUCAGAGCACUGUCUAGUAAUUUAUUGAGCAUGUCUACUGACAAUGGUGCUCUUGCUCUUCAUGAAGAGAACAUCAAUAGUGUAUUAUAUCAAAUUAUGGACAAACUUACUGGCAAGGAACAAGUUUCUACUUUUGAAUUUAUUGAAAGUGGAGUUGUGAAAUCACUUGUUAGUUAUUUAUCUCAGGGUCAGUAUAUGAGGGAAAACAAAGGAGUACUGGGUGUUUGUACUUAUAAUGCUGUCAUAGAAAAACGGUUUGAGGUUUUGGCUAGUGUAUGCUUAUGUGCUUCUCAGUUUUUCUCUGGUGAAACAACCCUUUCUAUAUUAAUCAAGAACUUGCAGACUGCACUAACAUCAUUGGAAGCUUUUCCUAUUAUUCUGAGCAGUGGACCAAAACUGAGAAAUUCAUUUGCUACUGUUCCUAACAGGUGUUCCAUUCCUUACCCUUGUCUGAAAGUACAGUUUGUCAGGGGGGAGGGAGAGACUCUCCUGAAUGACUACACUGAGGAUUUUCAUACUGUUGAUCCUUUUUCUUGUAUGCAUUCAAUUGAAGGCUAUCUGUGGCCCAAAGUCAGUUCAAAAAGCACAGAGCAUUGCAGAUCAGCUUCAAUCCAAACAGUGUUACAACCUGACAGUCCUCCGAUUCAAUCACCAUAUGCGAUUUCAGUUCCAGCUGACAUUCCUGUUACUUUAGGAUCUGAUGACAUGAUAACAGAUCUCCCUGCUACACAGAAGGACAAAUCAAAGUUGUCACAGCCUAGAUCUGAUCAAACAGUCAGUAUGAAUGCUGUUGAAUCCUCCUCCUCUGGAACUCAGGUUGUAAAGAUCAUGCAUAAGAGUCUUGGUUAUGCAGUUCAGGAAAUGCAAAUGAAUGAAGAACCAAACCCAAAACUAGAAAAAGAGGAUCCUGCAUCUGGUGGGAACGAAGCUAUUCAAAAGCUUGUCUUUUACAUUGAAGGACAACAUCUUGAUCACAAAUUGACUCUAUAUCAGGCAGUUCUUCGCCAUAUAAUAAAACAAAAUGAUUCUUUUUCUAGUGCAAAACUGUGGAGUCAAGUGCAUACAAUAACCUACAGAAAGGCUGUAGAAUCUGAGGACAUAAUACCUCCACAAUAUAAUAUUUCACCUCAGGAUUUCUCUGAAGAUAAUGUUUUAUCUUAUUAUCAACAAACUCCUUUUUUCUCAGACAUACUCUCUUGUGAUCUUGUUUCUGAUCUGGAGAAGUCAAGUCCAACUUAUGAUAUUUUGUUUCUUCUUAAAUGUUUGGAAAGCAUGAACAGAAUUGUAUUUCACCUUAUGUCUCGUGAAAGAAUCUGUGCUUUUGCCAAAGGAAAAGUUGACAAUCUGGAUAGCUUAAAAAUAACAGUUCCUUCUGUCCCACAAAAUGAGUUCGUAAGCUGUAAAUUAACUGAGAAGCUAGAGCAACAGAUGAGAGAUUCUUUGGCUGUCUCCAUUGGUAGUAUGCCGUUGUGGUGUAACCAAUUAAUGGCUUCAUGUCCUUUCUUAUUUAGUUUUGAGGCUAGAUGCAAGUAUUUCAAAUUAGAAGCAUUUGGUCAGCCACAAGUCCAACCUCGCUUGUCUCACAAUGGUUCAGGAACAGUGGGUGAUAGGCGACUGGGCCUUGGUGGGCCUAGAAAGAAAUUUUUAGUUCAUCGCAAUCGGAUUUUGGAAUCUGCUGCACAAAUGAUGGAGCUGCAUGCCAGUCACAAAGUUGUUCUUGAAGUGGAAUAUGAUGAAGAAGUGGGCACCGGUCUUGGACCAACUUUGGAAUUUUAUACCUUGGUGUGCCAUGAAUUCCAAAAAUCUGGCCUGGGCAUGUGGAGAGAAGACGCUUCUUUCUGUUAUGGACUCUUUCCCCGUCCAUGGUCAUCAAUGCAAGAUACAUCUGGUGACAUUCAAUUCUCUGAAGUAACAAAGAAAUUCUUUCUUCUGGGUCAAGUUGUUGCUAAAGCUCUUCAGGAUGGAAGGAUCUUAGAUCUCCACUUCUCUAAAGCUUUCUAUAAACUUAUCCUUGGAAAGGAACUUUCUCUCUAUGACAUACUAUCCUUUGAUCCGAAGUUUGGUAAGCUGCUGCAAGAGUUUCAAGCACUAGUUAUCAGGAAAAAAAUUAUGGAAUCUGUCAAUAGAGGGAAUUUGGAGUCACAAUAUGGACCAAGUUUCCGAGAUACAAGAAUUGAAGAUCUUUGUCUUGAUUUUACUCUUCCUGGAUAUCCUGAUAUUGUUCUUACGUCAGGGACCGAUCAUUCCAUGGUAAAUAUGAGAAAUCUAGAGGAUUAUGUUUUACUCAUUGUUGAUGCAACUGUGAGGUCUGGAAUUUCAAGACAAGUGGAAGCUUUUAAAUCUGGCUUUAACCAGGUUUUCUCCAUUGAGCAUCUUCGGAUUUUCAAUGAAGAAGAACUUGAGCGAAUGCUUUGCGGAGAGAAUGACUCUUGGGCUAUCAACGAGCUUGGAGAUAACAUCAAGUUUGAUCAUGGGUACACUGCUAGCAGUCCUCCCAUUGUUAAUUUGUUGGAGAUUGUCCGAGAGUUUGAUCAUGAACAGCGGCGAGCAUUUCUGCAGUUUGUGACUGGUGCACCUCGACUUCCUCCAGGAGGGUUGGCAUCUCUUAAUCCGAAGUUAACUAUUGUCCGAAAGCAUUGUAACAACCGGGCAGACACAGAUCUACCUAGCGUGAUGACUUGUGCUAAUUAUCUCAAGCUACCUCCGUACUCAUCAAAAGAAAGGAUGAAAGAAAAGUUGUUGUAUGCCAUAACAGAGGGUCAAGGAUCUUUCCACCUUUCGUAA